AUGGGUAAUGUUUCCAAUUCAGACUUCCCCGUGUCCGUAUCGUCGCUUCAUUUCCCCUCCACCGAGCAGUUAUCUGUGUCCCAGACGCUAGCCUCCUUGCGCCGAUCCGCCCUCUCCGUUAACAACCGACUCCGUUCCAUCGAGGCCGACGCUGCCUUUGUGCGCGAGGUUGCUGAUCAUUAUGCGCUUCCCUUGGUUGCCAAUGAAAGAUGCGGGAGCUGGUAUAUCCCUCCAGAGAUCAAGACCGGCAGCGCAUAUUUCAAGAGUACCGAUGGCCAUACCGGCCAGUGGGACUUCAGUUUUCGCAGACUAAAUCUGCAGAUUCUACCAAUUGCUCGGGAGCAUGGGGGCUGUAUCAUUGUGGAUUCCACUCGCCGUGGCAAGUUGAUGCCCGAUGCCUUGUCGAAGACCAUUCCUAUUUGGUGCGCGGUUUUCAACCGAGCGUUAUUCCCUUCGGAGACUGCAUAUCAUUCCGUGGAAUUGCCGCCCAACUACCUAGGCGCGUCGGAGGAGUCGCAAAUAGAAGAAAGGAUUGACGGCUUCGUGCAUUCCCUCAAGAGCCUUAAACUUGAUCUAAAUGAUCUCAGGCAACAAUUGGGCAAGCCCAUCCGGAUCGCCUGGGCUAAUCGAACAUAUUUCCAUCCAACAGAUCUACUCAAAGGCAAAGAUUACAAUCUGUUCGUCCUAUGCUCGGCUUCAAAACGGGUCCAUGGAGCAGAAAUAUCUGAAGGUGGAUACAUUCAGGGUGCAGGCGACGAUAGCGAGGCCUGGGCCCAUGGACUCACACCCCCAGUCUUUUGGGCUCACAAACCUACUCUUCUGACACGGGCAGAGGAAGACCUUCCCGAGGUUAUUGAGAAAUUGACGCAGGAACAUCGUCAGCAGAGCUCGAGCCGCCAAGCGACUCUGAUUGCGCCGACUCGGAAUCUAUAUAUAAGCCAGGCUCAUCCUAGCUUGGUUGAUUGCGGCCUGUAUGACCUUGUCAUCGACUGCAAUGGAAAAGCAGAGACAGCGGAAGAAAACCAGAAACACCUAAGCCUCGGCUGUACACCCUCCAAACAAGGUGGCCGCGAUCUGAGAAACCAUCUAGACAAGGUUCGGACAUUCGUUAGCUCGCAGUUGGGCUCGGAUUCGUCGAAGUCUCUGCUCGUUAUGUGCGAGUCCGGAAAAGACCUCUCCGCUGGAACCCUGCUCUCAAUACUAUGUUUAUUCUAUAACGAUGCCGGCGAAUUUGUUGGACCCCGUCCAGACCAGUCUAUAAGCAAGCAGUUCAUCCGCCAGCGUCUUGCUUGGAUCGUGUCAUCAAAGCACGAUGUGAAUCCAUCCCGCAGUACUCUACAGUCGGUUAAUGCUUUUCUCAUGCAACGACCAGACUAUUAA